AUGGUAACGCACAGCGAGAUCUGCAUGAUUGCGCGUGCACGAAAACCUGCAUGGUCACGCGCACAAGCGAGAUGUAUGGACGCGCAAGUUUCGCAAACGGCACUUGUAAGGUUAUAUGAGUGGGUCGGUGGGACCGCGCGUACAAGGCAGACCUGUAUGGUUCCAAGUGAGACUUGCAUGGUUGUGCACGCAAACGACACCUAUAUGAUCGCGCAUGCAAAGAAGACCCGCAUGGUCGCGCGUAUAAGCGAGAUUCGUGUGGCUCGCGCGCGAUCGAGACCUGCUUCACAAACGGUACUUGUAAGGUUGUGUAGUGGAGCGUGUAGGAUUGUACGUGCAAGAGAUCUGAAUGGUCAUGUGACCAGGAGAAGCCUGAACGGUAGCGCGGAGAAACGAGACCUAUAUGGCUCCGCAUGA